AUGCCCUCAGCUCGCUUCUGCUUGCGGCCUGCGAGCAGACGCCUUCCCAGAUCAAACACAAGACACCAUGUCACAACCUCGCGACCGUACGAAGAGCUCAAUGCUUGCAUCACCCAGCAUGCUCCCUCCCCCUCCUCCUCGACCCAGACAGCUAAAACAGUAGCGAUCAAAGACAACAUCGCCACGAAAGACUUCCCCACCACCGUCGCCUCGAAUAUCUUGGCGGGCUUCACCUCCCCCUUCGACGCCACCGUCGUCCGCCUCUUGCGCGAAAAUGACUACACCAUCUCCACCAAAACAAAUCUAGAUGAAUUCGGCAUGGGAUCCCAUACCCAGUCCUCCUCUCACGGACCUACACUUAGCCCUUACUCUCGAAACGGCAUCCCGCUAUCCCCAGGCGGCAGUAGUGGCGGUAGCGCCGUCGAAGUCCUUACCGGACGGAGUUGGACGGCGCUGGGGACGGACACGGGGGGCUCGGUGAGGUUGCCCGCGGCUUAUUUGGGGGUGGUGGGGUUUAAACCUAGUUUUGGGGUUGUGUCGAGGUGGGGAGUGCUGGCUUAUGGGCAUUCUCUCGAUACGGUUGGGAUUUUGGGGAGGAGGCUGGGGGAUGUGAGCGGGGUGUUUGGGGUUGUGCGUGGAUGGGACGGCAGGGAUCCGAGUUCGUUGACGAUGAGAGUGAGGGAGCGGAUUGAGGAGGCACGAGAGGUUAGGAGGAGGAGGAGGAGGAGGAGGAAGAAGGGGGGUGUGCUGCGGAUUGGUGUUCCGCUCGAAUACAAUAUCGUGGAACUCUCGCCCUUGGUCCGCUCAACCUACAUCCGCACCCUAGAGCGCUUGCAAUCCGUCGGCCACACUCUCCACCCCAUCUCCCUGCCCUCUACCAAACAAGCACUCUCAGCCUACUAUGUCCUCGCGCCCGCCGAAGCCUCCUCAAACCUAGCGAAAUACGACGGUGUACGCUACGGUACUCGACCAACUGAUCCCGACUCCUCGCCUAGGGAUAACCUCCCACUUUACGCACAGACUCGAGGUCAAGGUUUUGGAGAAGAAGUCAAGCGCCGGAUCUUACUGGGGGCUUAUACGUUGAGCUCGGAGGCUAGGGAUAAUUAUUUCAUCCAAGCGCAGAAAGGUCGGAGACUGGUUCAGCGGGACUUUGAUCGGGUUUUUGCUUUGGCUAAUCCUUUGCUCGAUCCUCCUCACUCUGUCCCUGACUCCGACUCUACUGGCGGCGAGCAAGACGAAGGUGUGGAUGUCAUCAUCACCCCCACCGCCCCUACCCUCCCCCCCACGAUCGAGGAGGUAAAGCGACAGAGUCCGGUGGAGAGCUAUAUGAAUGACGUCUUCACCGUACCCGCUAGUCUGGCUGGUUUACCCGCUAUUAGCAUGCCUGUGGGAUUGUCUGAGGAGGAGGCUAAGGGAUUGGAGCAGACGGAUGUGGGGAGUGUGGGCGUGCAGGUUAUGGGGCAGUUUGGGGAUGAUGAGGGAGUGCUUGAUGUGGCGAGCAUGAUUGAGGAGGGGCAGUGGAAGUCAUAG